AUGGGAAAAUUCGAGAAGCUCAAGUUCAAGCUUCGCAAGUUUAAAGCGAAGUUUAAGGUCCGCCGCCUCUUGGCGAAGAAUGCCAAGGAGGACAAGAAGCACGAGAACCGAUUGGCUCAGGUUCACCGUGUUGAAGGGACUGAGCACCGGAUCGAACGAGCUGUCGAUGUCAUGGUCGCCGCCAGACGUAGUGUCUACGGAGCUGAGAUGCUCCCUCGCACCAUGGACUUUGGUGUCACUCCCGAGGAGGCUAAGGCUCUCCACCAGAAGCAGAAAGCUUCUCAGAGCGCUGGUGGCAUUUGGGAUGGCAAUGUUUCGAAGGACGACCCAACUGGCAAGGACGACGCCAACGUUGUCUAA